AUGCCAAGUUCAGAGGAUGUCCCGUACUGGGCGAGAGCCAUAACGAAGCAGAAAAAAAAGAUUGAGAGGGUUAAGAGCCCGCUCUACAAGGCAGGCCCUGUAGAUGGAAAGAUGUUUUAUUGGGAGGGUGAGCUGUUCGGACCAACAGGAUCGCCUUACGAGAACGGAGUCUUCAAAAUCAGCAUGGACUUCCCUCCGGAAUACCUGUUCAAGCCACCAAAGGUCUUCUUCAGAACCAAAAUCUGUCAUCCCAAUGUAGGAGAUCGUGGUCAUAUCUUCCUAAGGAUGGUGACAACAGACUACUUCUCGCAUAUUCACACCAUCCAUAAGAUGUUCAUUAAUCUUCAUGAGAUGCUGACAAACCCCGAAAUAGGUGAGGGAGACUACUUUGAUGAAGCCAAAGCGAAGCUAUACAAAGAAGACAAGGCGGGUUUCGAUGAAAAAGCACGAAAAUGUACUCUAGAGCACGCUACGGCUUAG